AUGUUUCAAGUAUUAUUAUUAUUCUUUAUUUUUCUCUAUAUUUUCAUUCUAAUUCCUGCAUCUCUUGGGAUUUCAUAUGGCAUACGUGAACGAUAUGCUCAAAUACUGCUUACAAUUUUUGAGUGGAGUACAACAAAUGGUGCGUCAUUCUGUACUGAUGCAGAAACUGACAAAAUUACCAAGGAACACAAUGCUAAAAUUCAAAAUAUAAUACAUAAUAAAAAGAAGAAAAGUAUUCAAUUAAAAUUGAACGAUAACGAGUGGGCAGCAACUGAUCAUAAUGUCAUUGAAACAAUUGUCAAUGAUGGCUUGGAUUUCAUUUCUGCAGGCAUUAAUUCGAUAAUUGAUGAUGUAGUAACGAUCCGUUUCAAAGCUGAGCAGUUAGCCUCUUGGAAUUUGCUAACGCGGACGGGUUGCACUUUUGAGCAUAUCUCGUGGAAGCUAACAAUUCUUUGGGUUAUUGGUUGUUUUUUCCGAUAUUUAAUAUUAUUUCCCAUUAGGGCUUGCAUAUUCGUUAUUGGUGCUACACAUUUGGUUGUAAUUGCAAAUGUGGCUGGAUUCAUUCGAAAUAAAAAGUAA